AUGAACCCCGCGCAGUUUUGGGGUAAUAUCACGACUCAAGUCAAAGCGAAGGAGGAGGCUGGUUUUGUGACUACUAGCGCCGAUAUUUGGGGUCGGAUAGAAGGUUACACUUUCUUCAAUGCUAGCCAUGGUGGAGUUGACCUCACCUGGUCCUCUCUUGCAAAGUCCCGGGCCUUCCAAGACGGCGACAUGCCACUGCCCCUGGUCGUUGCUGAUGGCCAGUAUUUUAACAAAUUUGAGGACAGUCCCACCCCGAAAGAACCGAUCUACGAAUUCUCUCCUUGGGAGUUCGGCACAUAUGAUAACUCGAUCUAUGGAUUCGCGCCACUGCAGUAUCUGGGCUCUCGAUUCGUGAAUGGUGUGGUGCCAGCAAACGAGACCUGUGUGCGUGGCUACGACAACGCCGGUUUGAUCAUGGGAACAUCCAGCGACGUAUAUGAUCUGGAUGGUGUGGACAUCGCUGCCCAGCUGCGCAAGCUUAUCCCCGAAAUUUCCUCUCAAAACGCCGCUCUUGGAGACGUGCUUUCAAAUGCUGUGGAAGAAUACCUCGGCGCCCUCAGCUCGACAAACUCUACAGUGAAUGGGCCUGCAGCCUACGACCCCAGUCCCUUCUACCAGUACAACAAGGACUCAUCACCAUUUGCGCAGGGCACGAGACUGACGGUAGUUGACGGAGGUGAGGAUGGCCAAAAUAUCCCGCUCAACCCGCUUAUUCAGAGAAAGCGCAAUGUGGAUAUUAUCUUUGCGGUUGAUUCCGGCUCUGACGUCGCCGCGAAUUGGCCGAAUGGCACGACAAUGAUCGCCACCUACGAGCGUACCUUGGCCGGUUUCGCCAACGAUACAUCCUUCCCUUCAAUUCCAGACGCAAACACGUUUGUCAACCUAGGUCUUAAUAGCCAUCCGACCUUCUUUGGCUGCAACAGUUCCAACCUGACGGCGCCAGCACCCCUGAUCGUGUACUUGCCCAAUCACCCCGUCACCUACAUGUCGAACCUCGCCUUGAAUGAGAGUAGUUUCAACACCACCAGGCGCGACUCCAUCAUCCUGAAUGGCUACAAUAUUGCCACCCAGGCUAAUGGCACUCUGGACUCCGACUGGUCCACAUGCGUAGGCUGUGCGAUUCUCAGCCGCUCCUUCGACAGAACCGAUACCACUGUUCCGAAGGCUUGCAGUCAGUGCUUCCAACGUUACUGCUGGAAUGGAACGAUAGAUGAUCGGACCCCAUCAUCGCCCUAUGCGCCGUCGGUCACUUUGUCUUCUUGGACGCCUGGAUCCACUUCCACAUCUACAUCUGCAGCUGCUCAUGGCAUGAGUACCUCACUUGUUCCUGCUGGCUGGUCUGCCGUGGCAAUUGUUGCCAUGGUCCUUUCCAAGCUCAUCUAA